UGACGAUAGAUGCAGCAUUUUUGAAAGCUUUGUUCUGUGGCUCUCUACUAAAUGUCUGCAGGAAUUACAUAUCUUGUGAAGUUCAUCAAAUUUUAAUGCCAUUAUAGAUAUUCUGUAGAGGAGGUUUAAUUGUGGACUUUAAAUUGUUCUUGGAAAAUAAUUUUGUCACGGCCUCAGUGAGUAAUUGGUUGGUGUGGUAAUUGCAUAUGCCAGUGUUCGGGUGAAGCAUUUAUUUACGUGCUUCAUUAGAUUAAGUUUCAAGUCUUCUGUAUUUCUGGAUGUUGUGCAGCGGGUUGUGGAAUGUUUAUCCAUCCAUUAGUCCGUUAUUGGAAACUUUUGUUGGCUUUAUUGAUUUCCCAAGUGCGUAGAGUAACAUUCGCCGACUUCUGUACGUUUUGCUGCAUUCCUUUGUGUAUGUAUGUAUGGUUAUUGCUUUGAAAUCAAAUAUGAGCUGCAUAAACACUGCUGCACGAUUUGUUUAUCUUUUUUUAACCCAGACACUGGCUGAUUCUAUAUACUAUCCAAUAUGCCUGCCAUUGUCAACCUGCUCUUCAAUACAGUGUCCACCAACACCACCAUCUCCUUCUCCCUGGUGCUGCCUCUGGUCAGCAUCGUCUCUCUGUUGGUGGGGGUUGGAGGUCAUCUGCUCGUGUGGUUGGUUUUAAUGCGUAACCCACGGAGACGUUCCAAGCCCAGUUCGGUCCUCCUGUUAAACCUGAGUUUUGCUGAUCUGUGCGCUUUACUCACCCUGCCCUGUGUGCUGCUGAGUGCCAGCUCUCAGAACUGGCAGCUGGGCGGAGAAGUUUGCGUGCUGUUGAGUUUCAUGACCUCUCUGACCGCCGGGGUGGACAUCUUCAGCCUGGCUGCGCUCUCGGUGCUGCGUUACCGGAUAGUUGCACCGUCGACCCGGCCCCCUGCAACCCCUGCACAGGUAGCUGGCACAGUCGCUGUUAUCUGGCUGGUUUCCAUCGCCAUGGCUCUACCUAAGGUCACCUACAUCCAGUUUGACAGUGGCUGCACUUGGUCGGUGGGGCGUGGUCACUGGCUAGGCUUCCUUGUUCCUGCCUUUCUGGUGUACUACGUUGCUCCUUUACUUUGCAUCGCCCUGCACUGCGGCCUCAUCAUCACACACCUGUACCGGUGCCGGGGCACGUUGGCCGCAGACCACCGCAACAAAAAAGCCACCGCACUUCUCAUCGGCUCCACCUUGGUGUUUGCCAUCAGCUGGCUGCCCUACUACAUACUGGAGUUUGUGAACGUUUUGUCGCCAUCCCUGCAUUCCGUCAGCUCACCGGUCGAUUGGCCCGUAAGCCCCGCCUCCCCAUUGGAAUCAAGUACGGAGGUGUCACUGCUCUGGGAGGUGACUUCGCUGUCUGCCAUUCUUCUGAUUUGUCUGGCACCUUGCUGGAACCCGCCGCUCUACUUCCUGCUAUCUAAGCCGGCCCUGAGGCAACUGAGAGCGCUGCUACCCAAAAUGCACAAGCGCUGGAGAGCUGCUACCUUCUUACAGCACGUAGUGCCAAAACAUGCUCCCACACAACCCCACUCACAGCCUGGGUCUCAACACGCUGCGCAGAUGCUCCCAGUAACACAAGCGCAAUGAGAAUCUCUUACACGCACAUCCACUCAGUACAGUCUAGAAGCGGCAAGCAAGACUGGCGGAUGGCAAACACACCCACAUGCAUGCACAAAGUCCACAUACACACACACACCCCACACACAAUGACAGGUGUUUUCUCUUUGAGCAUCCUCAUCUUUUUCAUGGUGGCUGAGAUUGUGAGUUGCUUAGUAACACUACAGAGAGGGUAGAACCAUAAGACCAUGGACCUCUGCAUUUUAUGCUCAGCAUUACACUUGUUCAAGCACACCAGCUGCUCCCUCUUGCCAUCUCUCCAAAUCUCACUCUCUCAAGCUCUCUCAGUCACACAAAAAUUGCUUCUUGCCUCCGUACCACAGCAGAUUUUCAUCACCAUUUAGUAUUAGCAUGUUCUUGACAACAUAUGCAUUCGUUUUAAUUUGCUUGUAAUCGUGUUUUGUGUUUUUGAUCGCUAGUGCGGUGAGUAAUCAUUUAGUUUUGUAUAUUAAAUAUAUCGUCUGUAUAAAGUAAAUGUAGCUUGUUCAAUUCUCAUCACUGGCGUCAAUAUGUUCUGUAAUGGCGGCCUUCAUCACUUUUAUGUGAAACGUAAUGCACUGUAAUUUGCAUUGGAAAAGUACAUAAUGAUUUCCCAUUAAUGACAGAAUCGUGCUGAGUUUCUCUCCAAACUGUGUCACCUGCUGAUGAGUCAUUGCUCUCUUUACAGGAUUUUCACUCUAUGCUACUGUAUGUUGUAGCCUGAUGUGUAAUAA